CCGCGGCGCCUCCCGCACUCUAUGGUCCCCGCUGCUCCCAGGCUCCUCAGCGGCGGCGGCCGGAGCCGGGAGGAGCGGGGUGGCGGCGGCGGCGGCGGGCCGGGGCCUGCGCUCGGGCUACUCCCGCCCUGCCGGCGGCCUUCGCGGCGGCCAUGGAGCUAGAGGUGCCCGAGGAGGCAGAAGGCUCGGCCGUGGCGGGUGCCGGUGCCAUCACCCCGGAGGCCGGCGUGGGGGGACUGGAUGCGGCAGGAGGUCUAGCACCAAAGAAGGCAGCCAUCACUGAGGGACCAUCGCUACCAGGACAGCCUGGGCAAGGAAAGAAGAUAGGUCAUCGAGGUGUUGAUGCUUCUGGUGAAACCACCUACAAAAAGACCACAUCAUCCACUCUUAAGGGGGCCAUCCAGCUGGGGAUCGGAUACACUGUCGGCAAUCUGAGCUCCAAGCCAGAGAGGGAUGUCCUCAUGCAGGACUUCUAUGUGGUGGAGAGCAUUUUUUUCCCAAGCGAAGGAAGUAAUCUCACCCCGGCUCACCAUUACGCCGACUUCAGGUUCAAGACCUAUGCACCAGUGGCUUUUCGGUACUUCCGAGAACUCUUUGGCAUUCGUCCAGACGAUUAUUUGUAUUCAUUGUGUAAUGAGCCUCUGAUAGAGCUGUCGAACCCUGGUGCCAGCGGCUCCCUCUUCUAUGUCACCAGCGAUGAUGAAUUUAUCAUAAAAACUGUGAUGCACAAGGAAGCUGAAUUCCUACAGAAGCUCCUUCCUGGCUACUACAUGAAUCUGAACCAGAACCCACGGACACUGCUGCCGAAGUUUUAUGGACUGUACUGUGUGCAAUCAGGGGGCAAAAACAUCCGUGUGGUUGUGAUGAACAACAUUCUGCCUCGCGUGGUGAAAAUGCACCUGAAAUUUGACCUGAAAGGCUCAACCUAUAAACGCCGGGCAUCAAAGAAGGAAAAAGAAAAGUCCAGCCCUACGUAUAAGGAUCUAGACUUCAUACAAGACAUGCCCGAGGGCCUGAUGUUGGAUGCAGACACCUUCAGUGCAUUGGUGAAAACGUUGCAACGAGACUGUCUGGUGUUGGAAAGUUUUAAAAUCAUGGACUACAGCCUCCUGCUGGGGGUUCAUAACAUAGACCAGCAAGAACGGGAGCGGCAGUCUGAGGGAGCCCACAGCACGUCGGAUGAGAAGCGUCCUGUGGGGCAGAAGGCACUUUACUCCACAGCCAUGGAGUCCAUCCAGGGUGGGGCUGCCCGGGGGGAGUCCAUAGACACAGAUGACACGAUGGGAGGAAUCCCAGCAGUGAACGGCAAAGGAGAGCGUCUCCUGCUACAUGUAGGAAUAAUAGAUAUCCUUCAGUCAUACAGGUUCAUCAAGAAGCUAGAACAUACCUGGAAGGCCCUUGUCCAUGAUGGGGACACAGUGUCAGUACAUAGACCCAGCUUUUAUGCAGAGAGAUUCUUCAAAUUCAUGACCAACACAGUGUUUCGAAAGAAUUCCUCUCUGAAGUCAUCUCCCUCCAAGAAAGGGCGCAGUGCCUUGCUAGCUGUCAAGACGGCUGGUCCGACAGCUGCGUUUUCCGCUAGCCAGCUUCCUUCUGAAAAGGAUGAAACACAGUAUGAUCUUCGUGCGGCCAGGAGUUACCCCACACUUGAUGAUGAAGGUGCUAAACUUAACCAGGACAGGGAAGAAGCAGGCAGGCCAGACCUGCUACCCUGCACACCUCCUUCCUUCGAAGAAGCUACCACGGCCUCCAUAGCCACAACACUGUCUUCAACAUCUCUCUCCGUUCCUGAGCGAUCCCCUUCGGAGACCUCUGAGCAGCCCCGGUACAGGAGGCGCACACACUCCUCAGGGCAGGAUGGCAGGUCACACGAGGAGGUGCGGGUUGAGGAGGAGCUUCAGCAGAUCAGUGUGGAGCUGGAGCCCAAGUGUGAUGUUGAGAUCGUAGCUCCUGAAGAAGGUGACAAAGAAGAGGCGGCUUCUUCAGCCUGUGCCAUUGUAACGUCCACAGCUACAAUAGAGGUGGAGACAGCCAGCCAGGCCUCAGAACCAGCCAGCCAGGCCUCGGAUGAAGAUGACGUGCCAGUCACAGACAUAUACUUUUUCACAGAUGGGAGGUACUGGAUUUACUCUCCCGGUCCACGCAGACUCCGAACCACCUCGCUUUCCUCUGGGAUUCCGACAGACGAGAGGAGUUGGGUUUACUCCCCGCUCCACUAUAGCGCUCAGCUCCACUCUGUCUCCGAUGAGGAGAGCGAUACAUAAUCUCUAUGCAGACACAGAAGCCCCAGAGAGCAGCGAUUCCCUCUGCAGGUCGAUGUGUUUCCUUUUCGUUGAUGCAGCCGUUCCAGUGGGAUGGGGAAGAGCUUGCUGACACCAGUAUUGCUGCACUGCAGGAUCCCGGGCACUGCAUUUCAGAAUGGAGCAAAACUAUAACCGUGUAUUUCUACUUAUCCCAGAUGUGGGCAGCAAAGAAACCACCCACUCACCCGCAGCUCCCAACGGAGACACCCAGCUGGGUGUAAAGAAUCCUGGGUAGUAACACAGUGUUUUCCAGACGUGCACUAUCGUAGCUACCUAUCCAUGUGUGAUACUGUGAACCUUUUUAAUUUUUUAAUCAUGUAUUUAUUUCUUUUAUCUUUGCACAGAGACAGCACAAAUGUGCUUUUUUAAACAUUUAGUUUACUGCACUUUUUUUUUUUUUUUUUGUUGUCAUAUAUUUGUGCAUCAGAAAGGAGUGUGAGACCUCACUGGAGAAUUGGUAGGAGCACGUUGCUGGGGAGGGCAGGGACCGGAGUGGCUUCAUUUGGGGCAGCAGCGUGGUCUAACCAACUGAUGGAGUCAGGAGGUUUAAGGCUGUCCAGACUCUGCCACGGUUUUGCUGAGUGACCUAAAGCAAGUCACUUAACCACUCUGUGCCUCGGUUUCCCCUGUGCUAAUGGGUGUAUAGUACCCACUUCCGUUAAAGCACUUAAACCCUGGGAUGAAAGGUGCUAUGUAAAUGCAAUGUAUUAAAGGCCAUUGAGUAGAAUUGCUCCCAUGUUACCGUAGUCCAAAGUAGCCAUGCCAAUUUCCUUGGAUGCAGAAAUCGCUAGUGACUUCUCUUGAUGUGUAACACUGUGCGGGGGAAGCGAACGAUUCCUGGCGACAGUGACGUGGCCACCGUGGCUCUCCUCCGGACGUGGCGAGGGGUUCUGCCUUCACCGCGUGCUGCACCGCUGCGUCACCCCAUCCCUCUGUGCUUGGAGUCCACGCUUCGUCCUGCCGGCUGCUGCACCGCCGCCCGCUCCAGACACACAGGCAUGGACAGAUGAGAACUGCGCACCUCCAGGGACCAGCCGCGCUGGAGUGCGAGUUCCCUGGUCCGCCGGCCCCAGGUGGGGCUUGUCAGGACACCGCAUCCCCCUGCAGCCCCUCAGCACCUCGCAUGCUCGUGGGUGUAUCCGACUGUCCCGUACUGGGGGGUCACGAACACUGGGUCCACGUGUGCCUCGGGGCAGGCGGGGAGGCACACGCACGUACACACACUCUGGAGGCAGACACAGAAGCCUGGCUCUGCCACCUGCUCGUGCCAGGCGGUGUUGUGUUCAUGGACUCUGUUGGACAAAAAGCUCCGUGAUGGGGGUGUUGCCGGUGGUAACAUCUGCUGUUGGAAAUGGCUGCUUUGGCUAUCUGAGAUAGUUUGCUUUUCGAGGGCUGCCGGCUUUAGGUGAGGUGAUUUGGUGUCACUGGGUGGUGUUCGGAGGAGGCUCAUCCAUCUGUCAGCAGGAUAUACACCAUAGCACUGUCUUGAACUCUAGCAAUCCCACCCUUAUCUCCCAGAGAGAAGAAAGGAAAUCCUUUAGAUAAGAGGGAGCCAGGUCUUAUUCAUGUUCUUUACAAGCCUCACUUGAGAAAGAGGGUCAUAAUCUCUUCAUUCUCAUUGCAAUCUUCAGACUGUCCUUGGAAUUCCUUGUAGGAGGAGCAGGGAAGCAGGACUCUUGGGGCUCAGUCUCCCCGGUCUGUCUUCACAGCAGCACUCGGGAUGGGUUAAUUCUGGUCCCAGAAGGUAACUGGGCUGGUGGGAAGCUCUUCCACUCUGCUAGGUGCUGAACUUGGUGAGAAUCUUCAUGAAUUGACAUUUUCUUGCCUCGAAGUAUGGGGCCCAGACUUCCACCUUGCCUUGCCUACAGAUGCUGAAGGCUGUAAGGUGUGCUUCUCUCAAGAGCGUAGGCUGAGGAUCUUGCAAGCUGCUGCCAUUAGAUAUAUUCAUGUAUUUACCAAAUAAUCUAUCAAAAGUCUUUCAAGAAAUUCUCCCCUUUCAGUUACUACUUGACAGCUCCUUCACCCAGCUAGUGAGCAUUGCUCCAGGACAGCCCCUGCAGUGGGCUGGGAAGGGGCUCUGCGCCACCCCCAGCUCCUCGGGCCAGUCCCACCCGGGCUCUGGGGGCUGUUGGCAAUGCCGUAGGGGGCUCAGUAGUUGGCGGAGGGGAGACGGGAGGAGUGCAAUACCUACAGACUAACCUGCCUCUGGGCUGAAAGCAAGAGGCUUCAAAAUGCUAAAAAUUCACUUUCACUUUUUUUUUCUUUUUUUUUUUUUCCUCCAGAAGCAUGAUACCAUGCAUAGAGAGGCCAGAGGGAGCCACGUCCCUUCUGCAUCUUCAGAUGUUGCUCUUGGGUGCUGCGCUGGAGGAGUGUAGCCCUGGGGAGGAACGUGGGAGGUUAGGCUCAGGCUACCUGUGCUGGUACCACCUUGUUCAUGGGCUGGUGGGUUUUCCUGUUGGGAUUUUCCAGCCAACUGGAAUCAGUCAUCUUGUUUAAGAUGGUUUAGGCAUCACUGAUGGAGACUUCAUUCCUUCCCCUCGUUUCAGGGGUCUCUAAGGCCGCUUAAGCUCUGUGCAGGAAACAUCUGAGCCUUGCCUUCGUGGAGUAUCUCAGUGAAUGAACACUGCAAGCUGGAUUUGUGCUUGGUCCCAAGAGAUGUGGGAAAACCCAGACCUUUUGCAGCAUGUUCAUUCCAAGCAUCAUCUUUCCUCAAGCUUUUGGGCUUUUUGAGACAAUCCUUGUGCAGUUCUGUAACACUGAACCUUUUGGAGCAAGCAGGUCUGGACACGGAGGGUUGGUCCUGUGAGAGGACACACAAAGGGCUUAGAGCAACUUUGUCCCUGUGAGGGGACAGGAGGAACCUUCCUUUGGGGAGAUGUUGAUCUGAAACAGAAACUGCCCUUUUCCAGGCUUGUGCAUGCUCCUGCUGCGUGUCACCUGCUGUCCAGUUCGCUCGGUGCUGGAGAACUGCUCAGCUUCCACUUGCCACAGAGGCUCAAAGGACCUCGGAGUUUAAAGCUCGCUCUUCGUCCGCCUCUGCACCGUGCUGCAGCACGAGAGCGGUGGGGAGCGCUGGAGCGUUUCCCAGGCGCUGUCAGUGCUGCCUUUGCAGGACGCACAGGGGCAGAGGAGGGCAGGACUAGGUCUUGCCCACAGGAAGAAGCAUUGGCCCUUUUUGGGGGAAGAGAACCGACACCCAUCCUUGGUCUGAAUGUCCCUCUAGCUCUCCUUCCAGCUCAUUGGGAACAGAAGUUGCCUGUACUUUCUCUGUCAGGGCUUUCUGUAGUGACCUAGCAGCUUGCUGGCAGGUGCUGUCCCUGCUGUAACCCCUCUGCUCUCUCCAUCAUUAAAAGGAGGCACCACGUUUUUUUUUUUUUUACUUUGAGAUUGGAGCAGAGCAGCCCUGUGAGACAGCGGGGUCCCGCGUAGCUCUGUUUGCCACCACUCUCCGUCCCCAUCAUCCCAGCUGGGACUCUCGGCUCUGCGGGACGUGCCCUGAACAGUGCCUGGUGCCGAGGCUGCUGGUGAGCUUUCGGCUCAGGCUUUUGCCAAACUGCAGGUGGCUGCUGCCUGCCCGGGAUGGGUUUGGCAAGAGAAAACCAGAAUCUCUCCCUGUGCCUGCCGUCAGGCUCGGGUACCAGCUCAGCCCCUUGGCAGGCUGAUGCAGAGCGGGGGCGCGGGGCGAACCAAGCAUCCGGCUCUUGGCUGCCGUCACCUCUGCCGCCAGCGGCCCGGCCACACGUGCCGAAAUCGUGCUUCGGGGAGUUUUCUAGCGAAGCCGGGGCCGGCGUGGGCACAGCGGCUCCGUCCCGUGGGGUGGUCGCGGGGCUCCCCGCGCGCGGCCCGGCCCCCACCUCGCUCCGGCCCCUUCCCAGAGGGACAAGGCAGAGGCCGUGCCUCAGGCGUACCGGAUGGUGUCUGAUUUUUCUUUCUGUUGAUGUCUACAUUAGACCCGGGUUUGUUCUAUUGGAUGUUCAUAUUCCCACUCAUUUUCCGUGUCCGCUCUGUGCGUGCACCGUGUAACGAAUGUAUGUAAGUAGGGGGGGGGGCGGGGGUGAUGCCAACCCGUGGGUGUUGUCAUGUUUCUCUUAUUUUUUUUUGGGGGGGGGGGGGUUAAGUCAUGAGCGCUUUUUUUAUCUUUCUUGGUUUGAGGUUUUUUUUCUUUCCCCCUCCCUCUUCGGGGAGACCUUUUUUUUCCAGAGAACUGUAAAUGGAUGCUAUCUGUCCUCGGCUCUGUGAUAAAGCAUACUGUAGUCUGUGCUGUGCUCA